UCUACCCACCCACCCAUCCACCCAUCCACCCAUCCAUCCACCCACCCACUUAUCCAUCCACACACACACAUCCACCCACCCAUCCAUCCAUCCACCCACACAACCACCCAUCCUUCCACCCACCCACUCAUCCACACACAUCCACCUACCCACUCACCCACCCACCCACUCACUCAUCCACCUAUCCACCCAUCCAUCAUCGACUGACCCAUUCACCCAUGUGCCCAUCUAUCCCUCCACUCAUCCAUCCACCCAUCAACUCAUCCAUCCAUCCAUCCAUCCAUCCACCCACCCACCCAUGCAUCCACUCAUCUAUUCACCCAUCCACCCAGCCAUCCACCCAGCCAUCCACCCAGCCAUCCACCCACCCAGCCAUCCACCCAUCCACCCAUCCAUCCACCCAUCCAUCCGUCCAUCCAUCCACCCACCCACCCAUUCAUCCACCCACCCAUCCAUCCAUCCGUUCACCCACCGACCCACCCAUCCACCCAUCCACCCACCCACCCAUCCACCCAUCCACCCACCCACCCACCCAUCCACCCAUCCAUCCAUCCAUCCACCCACCCACUUAUCCAUCCACACACACACAUCCACCCACCCAUCCAUCCAUCCACCCACACAACCACCCAUCCUUCCACCCAUCCACUCAUCCACACACAUCCACCUACCCACUCACCCACCCACCCACUCACUCAUCCACCUAUCCACCCAUCCAUCAUCGACUGA